AUGCGCUUCUCCGUUCUCUCCACCGCUGGCCUCAUCGGCGCCGCCAUUGCCGCCCCGCGCCCCGCCCCCGUCGCCCUCAACUACGACGAUGUCGUCGUCAUCGGCGAGGACGGCACCCACCAGAUCAUGAAGUCGGCCGAGUACGACGCCCUCCAGGCCCGCGCCGCCCUCGCCCCGGCCCCGGACGUCAAGCCCAUCGAGGGCCUCGAGCGCCGCGGCUGCGAGGAGUCCACCGAGAUCCAGGUCCUCUCGGACGACGAGUUCCUCAACUGGGACGUCGCCAUCUCGCCCGUCCUGAGCUCCAUCGGCGGCAGCGCCACCGUCUCCGUCGCCAACGGCUACUCCCUCGCCAACACCGUCACCGUCAGCUCUGGCGUCACCGGCAGCUUCGCCGAGGGCGUCCUCGGCGUCUCCCUGUCCGUCAGCUACGCCGAGACCUGGACCACGACCGAGACCCAGACGCUCGGCUUCACCGUGCCCGAGGGCCAGUACGGCCUCGUCGUCUCCCAGCCCAACGUCCGCCGCGUCACCGGCAACAUCCUCACCGGCUGCACCGACAGCCCCAGCAAGUCCUCGUUCCAGUCCGACACGUACUCGAGCCAGGCCUACGGCAACCUCGCCUGGGUCAAGGGCGUCAUCCGCCUCUGCAACAGCACCACCUACCCCGUCCCCUACUGCAUCGGCAACGGCGAGCACCGAUAA